AACAAGCAUCAAAAUGGAUGAAGAUAGCUCAUCAGUUCCUCGAAAAUCUGCUACUGGCCCCGUAAGAGUCAGCCAGAGGCAACCACAAAGCUGCACGGAAUGUACCAGGCGCAAGACAAGGUGCGACAAACGGGUUCCCUGCGUCAACUGUUGCAAACGAGGGGUACCUGAGAAAUGCCAAAUCGAACAAGUAAUUCCUUCAAAGAAUUUGAGUACUGCAGCGCAGAUCAAGACCUUAAGAGAUGAGAUGUUAGCAGCCGAUCAUGAGCUGAGACAGCGUGUAGAAGCCUUAGAGAAACUAGUCAAAUCGUUAACCGCAAGCCGAGAGGCCUCAGAAAAAGCUACUAAAGCGACCACAACUGUGCUGUCUCCUUCCAUUUCUCCAUCGGCUAUGAAUGAUCAAGGUAAUAACACCGACGAAAAUCUGGAUGAGUCUGUCGGUGGUGGUUACGAUGACGAUGAAGCGGAGGCUGCAGCCACCCUUGAAUUUCUUGCCAUUGGACGACUUCGACCAAAGCCUCCAGGUGGAUCGGACGUGAUAUACAAUGGGGACGCAAAUCAAGUUGAUGGUCAGGCUUGUUCCGAAGAUGGGGAGAUGAACGAAUCACCUCCGAUCAUCCUGUCAUUAUCUGAUCCUACUCACGCAUCCACUCACCCUCAAACGUAUCUUCAUUUACCUCCAGUCAAAUUGUCUCGCCUCAACGACCGCCGGCUUGCUUUGUAUCAUGAAGUCGUCAGAAAAGACAUUCUGUCUCAACUGCCUCCCGCUACUGUUGGAAGGGCUUUGGUCCAAUUCGACAUGGAUAAUGUUGCCUGGAUGCACUGCUGUUAUCACGGUCCUACUUUCCAACGUGAAGCCGAUCUGGUCUGGGCAGAGCUUGGAUCAGAUGACGUAGAGAUCAACUGGAGCUUUAUGGCUCUAUUAUUCGGCGUUCUGAUGUCGGGAGCAUAUCACCUACCUGAAAGCACAUUCCAGUAUCUUUUUCCUUCGCAAACUCGGUUGGAUUUAAUCAAUCAAUGGUUUACGGCUUGCAUCAUGUGUCUUCAGGAAGCCGAUUGGAUGCGUUCACACAGCCUUUACGCCAUUCAAUGCGUUGCUAUUAUUACUUCCGCAGCGAACCAUAUUGGUAAAGCAGAUUUAUAUUUCACUCUUCUUGGUGCGGCCGUAAGAAUUGCCCAAGCAUUGAACCUUCAUCGACUCGGUCCAGAUUCCGAGCUUUUAUAUAAAUCUAAGAAUUCGAAAUUGAUCAUCGCACGAGAGGUUCGAAAACGUACAUGGUAUCAGCUCCUAUAUCAGGACGCAUUCCAUGUGGCGUUCAAUGGUGCUUGUUCUAUCAAUCGAGCCCAGUUUAACACUGCGCCUCCCAUCCACUGUAUUGACAGUAUGUUGGGUCUUGGUAUGGAAGAAGCCAAAGUAUCCUACGACAUUCCGACCACAGAUUCGCACGUCUGUCAACUCUACAAGUUGGCUUUGCAAGUGAAUAGAGCAUACUCCUCCACUGAAGCCAUGGCCCCUUUACCCUAUGAUGUAAUUCUUCAGAUUGAUCGUGACAUCCAUACAAUCAUGAACGAAGCUCCAUUAUGGAUGCGGGACGAGAACUACGUACUUGAUCCAAAUGCUCCUGCAUGGGCUGACUGGCAGAGAAAGGCGUACAUCCUUUCGGCCUCCCACAAAGUUAUUGUCCUGCAUCGUCCUUAUCUGGGCCGGGCAUUCCGAGGCGAUCAACGUUAUAUCCGGUCUCGCGAGAAUUGUUUACAGCACGCCCAUAAAAUCCUGCGGAUAUUCAAAGGCUGUUCACUCGUCCAGUUUCGCACUACUUGGACCGUCUUAGUUCAUGCUGUUGCGGCGAGUCUUAUCCUUCUCCUUGACGCCUCGCAGCAAACGAAUCAUUGCGCCCUCAACUCAAUCCAAAUUGUGCGCGAGACGGUCGAUAUCCUGCGCCAGCUCUCUGACCUCUCUAUCAUCGCCAAAAAGGGUUUUCUCGUCAUUUCACCUUUAAUUGAAGACUCCGCACAACUCACCGAGGCUGGACCUGAUGUAAACGUCAGAAACAGAAAAGCUUUUCUGGGUAAGGCGGAAACCGAACUGAAACAAGCCCUCGAUGUUUUUCGGCGUGGGCACUCCACCGCUCCACCUUCUGUGUCCCCAUUCAGUGCCUCAGGGCAUGUGGAGUUGUCUGCUAUAUGCAACCAGGAUGCCAGCAUGGCUUCGGACUCAGAGGCGAUGGUCGCUACUUCGUCCCUCAUAGGAGCAUCACAAGUAAGGGGGUUGGAAGCCACGGAUGUAUGGAAUCCCUUUUUAUGGAACUCACAGGGCGACAUGGGGUCCUCCACCAAUCCUAACAUGAUGAUGGAUUGGGGAAAUCCAGAAUCUCUGAGUUUGAGUGGUGAUACAAGUGGAAUGGACUGGAUGUCUUAUACAUAAGCAGAAAAUGGGCUAGUUGUACAUGUUACUAGAAUAAAUCAAGUUGUACUAGAUUGGGAAUUGAUAAGUUCAUAGGAAUAUGCCUCUGUUUUUUUCUUAAAUAUUAAUGAAGGAACUUGAGGCU